AUGACUUCUUGACGUUUGCAGCGGACAUGAUCUAGAGAACCUUCUCGUCUCGGUUGUACAGUAUUGUUGCGCAAUGUGGACGCUCAUCUCUGCCACCCCCAGCCCCUACGCCCGCAAAGUGCGCAUCGCGCUCGCGGAGAAAGGCAUACCAUUCACGUUGCAGACCGAGGUUCCGUGGGAUGGCACUACAGUAUUGCCAAACUACAACCCACUGGAGAAGCUGCCAGUGUUGAUUCUCGAUGACGGCAAAACAGCGAUUUGGGAGUCUCACUACAUCCUGGAGUGGCUUGAGGCGAAACACCCGGAACCGGCCUUGUUGCCACCGCUGUCAGAAGUCGAUGAUCGUCUCUUCGCGAAGAAGGUCGAGGUGCUGUGUGAUGGUGUAUGUGAUGCGCUUGUGCUUUGUUUCUUCGAGAAGCAGCGUGAGAGUCAAAGCAAAGAAUGGAUGGCCAGGUGUGCCAAGCUAAAACAACGCUCCAAGUGCUAAGCUGACGACAAACACUUACAGACAAAUGAGAAAGGUGGAGGGCGGAGUAACAGCGCUGGCGACUUGGGUCGACCAAAGCGGGG